ACACCGUCCAAAAUACCAGCACAGACGUGGUGUUACGAAGUCGAUAUAUUCUGUAAUUUAUUUGUGGUUCAUCACUUGAACAUCACGAACGAAAAGUGACUGAAGUGGAAUGGACACAGUAUUAUGAUGAAAAUAUUAGAUAAUUCUUUAUAACAAAUACUUAGUUAUCAGUGAUAGAGUCAAGUAACAAAUGUAUUUGUCAUAAAUAAACAAUAUAAUUUAGUUUUAAUUUGUCGUGUAAAAACUUAUAAUAUCACAUUAAUGUAUACGUAAAAGAGAUUUAUAAUGCAAAGAGAAGAGAAGCAACUAGAUUCUGCCUUAGAGGCUAUUAUUUUGAGAAUAAAUGACUUAAAAACGGCUAUAGCUGCAAUGAUAUUCAAAUUGGAGCAUGAAUAUGAAACAUUAAAUUGGCCUAAUUUUCUUGAUAAUUUUGCACUUAUUUCAGGACAUCUGACUAGUCUAUCGAAGAUUCUGGGACAUGAUAAGGCACCAAACUUACGUAAUUUAACAGUUCUACCAUUACGACUAAGUCCUGAAAAGGAUGAAGAAUUAUUUCGAUUGACCGAAGGUAGAAUUUCUACAUUUGCUCAUGAUUUAGUACCAGAUUAUUUACGGACUAAAGUGGAACCUCAAGCUGAACAAAAAAUGUUACAGCUUGAAACAAAAGCUGCAAAUUUAAAUUAUGAAACAUCACAUGACUGCAAUAAACAAGUGGCACAAUACACCAAAGUUAUUAGUCAGAUAUGGGAUACAGCCAACAAAGCACGCGAGGAAUGGGAAAGUGAAGCUGGAUCUAGAGCAACUCAAGCUCAGACUAGUAGCACAGCAGAUACCCAUGCUCUUGUAGCAGCUGUUGGUAUGGGUAAAGGUCUGAAGUCUGACACCGUCCAAAUGGUCCAGUCUGGUGUUAAUUCUGUUCCUAGUGGAAUGAUGGUAGGUAGACCAGGAAAUCAACAACAAGCUUCAGGACAAGGAUCUUUAGGAAAUCCACCGAUGGGACAAAUGAGUAAAGCUCCAAGUGCAAUUAAAACUAAUAUUAAAGCAGCAUCACAAAUUCAUCCAUACAGAUAAUGUAUCUAAUCAGAUAUCCUCAAGUUUGUUAGUACUAUUAUAAUUUUAAUGUUUGUGUCCUUAGAACAUUGUAAGUUCUUAAAGAAUAUUUUGAAAGAAUAUGUAUGGCGUGAUUACAGUUUUCAUUUUAAGUUAUAUCCAUAGAAUAUGUUCUAAAUACAUAACAUUUGUAAUAAAAGAAAUGCAUACAGGAAUUUUAUACUUGGACAACGAUCGAUGCCUCAAUGCACACAGGAAAGGAAAAUAAAAAUUGUUGAAUAUUA